AUGGGUCGAAUGGCCGCUGAAUAUGGCAAGGACCAUGAACUGGGAACAUCUUCCAAGCAUGGGAUGAGCACUCUUAGCCAUUUCGUCCUUACAGGCUGGGUGGAGAAUGGCCAGGAGAACAUGCAUAAUUCCUGCCUACUUUAUACAAGGAAUACUGGACCCUUUGGGUGA